UGCAUUCCUGACAUAUAUUGGCUCAAAUGAUCGGAAGUUUCUUGCCAGGUUAUUUGAAUUUAAGGGAAACUUGAAACGGGUUUGGAAGUUCCUGAACAACGUAAAUAAGAUAUAUCGGGUGCUUUUUAGAUUUUGAUUGUGGCAUCUAUCGGCUUAUUUUCUUUAUACUUGGCUAUUCGAUCAAAGGCGCGGCUCGUUACAAAUCAUAAAAUAGAUACAUGGACUAAUCGAUCUUAUAGUUACAUCCCUAAAUAUGCGAUUUCGCUCGGAACUUUUAUUUACAAAUUUGCAAAUUACGAAAUAUCUUUUUAUCGUAGGUUUUGUUUAAAUAUGAACUUUAAACUAAGUAUCGCCAAAAAUUAUUAUUAAUUCCUUUUGUUUGAGUAUUGUUAUCAUGUGCUCCUCUUAACAGAAUGGACAUGAAAAUAAGAAAAAUAGUCAAAAAAUCGGAAAGAAUAAUAGAAAAAUCUGUACAAAAAGCGCCCUACUAAGAAAUAUAUCUUAACGAGUGAACUGAUUAUUCCGAAAAAGUAUUUCAGUUUUUGUAAGCCAUGAAAAUUAACGAAAAGAACUUGUGUUUAUUUGCCACUACACCGCCUUAUGAUUUUGAAGGGUUUUUAAAUAAAAGAGGCGAGGUCAAUAAAGCUUUCCAAAGAAGAUAUUUUGUGCUCAAAGGAAAUCUAUUAUUUUACUUCGAAAAAAAAUAUGACAAAGAGCCAUUAGGUCUAAUAAUAGUGGAAGGCUGUACAAUAGAGCUAUCAGAAGAAAGCGAUCAGUAUUGUUUUGAGAUAGCUUUCAAUGGUAAUCGAACGUAUGUGUUGAGUGCAGAUUCUCAAGAAGUAAUGGAGUCUUGGAUGAAAGCGUUGACCUGCGCUGGAUAUGAAUACAAAAAGCUUGUUGUUGCAGAACUUCAGAGGCAGUUAGAUGAGAUUGAGUCUCUCCGUAAUAAAAUUCUUACGAAAGUAACAAAUGGGACAAAUAUAACAGUACCUAAACCACCGCCUCGGAGACAAAAUCCAUUUAAUCGGCCGGCCCCUCCUCUGCCUGGCAUUAACAAUAACAACACCACUAAUAUAGAUGCACUUAUUGGUUCUCCCAUGCAACGUGGUUUGAAUAACCCAUGCCAUUCAUCAGGUCCAGAAGUAAGGGCCAACCAUCCGCCUAUGAGAUCCAAUAAAAAUGACAUAAGCUUACAUGAACCGCAUCGGCAUCAUUGCAGCAAUGUGGCAGUAUUUAAAGUACCCUCAUCAAUUAAUAAUAUCCAGCGCACGAAUAUUUCUUAUAACUUUGCGCAAUUCCAUGAGAAGUUUCGACAAAUUAUAAUGAAAGAUGUGUAUGAUCACAGAGCUCAACAAACGAUCAAGUCCCAGCCACUCAUUGAAUUGUGAUGCUUUUUUUUUAAUAAAUUGAUCGUAUAUUCUCACAUAUUGUUUCAAUGUUAUGACUACAGGUCUUUUCCAUGUUGCCAACUUGUCAAUAUUUAUUUUUAAUUGUACGAAUCAUUAAAUUCUGUGAAUUUUUUCGAUUCCGUAAAGGUGAACAUCCCAAAAAGUGAAUAAGCUUUGUUUUGGCGUUGACUCUUUUACUAUAACGUUAACAAGAUAAUAAACUCUAUAGCAGAAA